AUGGCCAUCACCUAUGAACCAGAGUUUGCACCAUCCGAGCAGGCGUCGUUGAGUGUAGAUGCCCUAGUAAACGAUGCUGACCCAUAUGGAGACGCCAGAGUCGACUUCGAAGAUGGUAGCAAGAGCCAUCCCGUAGUCAGCAGUCAUGUCCUUGAACAUCCCCGUCGUGCUACCCCUACGAUUCCGCCGGGGUUCUCUGCCCCAAGUACGCCGAAGUUCCCGUCUGACGUCCCGCUUCGUCCGCAUUCCAGAGCUGGCGCUGCAGCAAUAACCCCAGCUGUCCCAGUGAUACCAGCGACGCCCGUACGACCUGCAACACCUUUGAGAGCCGUCACCCCAGUGAUCUUGAGCGUGAGACAGGAAAAGUCAGCUAGUCGAAACCCAUUCGGUACCCCUGAUGCGCCACGCGUGAAUGCACAUCCGCAGGUUACCGCAGCCAAAGUCAAGGAAAAAGUAUCGGCUACGUCAAAGGCACUAGAGAAGACUCUUGAUAACCGGAGGGAUGUCAAAUCGACAACUGAUAGCACCACUACGAAAGGAAGCACCGUCUCGGGGUCGCCCUCGAAGCAAGUCGGGAAAGGAAAGAGAACAGCGUCUGAUACUUCUUCAUCUAUCGCUCCCUCGCCAGCUCGCCAAGCCAACGUGAGCCCUCUGAAGGAAUCCAAGAGCAAUACCCGAGCAGUAUCAACUCCGUCGAAGCGCCAGCCUCCUGGAAAACUUGAUAUCUCUGCAGCUACGAAGUUAUCUGAAAGCGAUCUGACUGACUCCGCAACCACGUCCGCUGCUAGCAAGCCUGACACGCAGGCCCGAAACCCUCGUGCGGUCUCCCUUGCAUCGACAGGCUCACAUCCGCCAAGUCCAGCAGUGCAGUCGGCAGGGUCGCCAGUCAAGCGAUCAGGCCCGAGAACACUCCGUGUUGUGCCCAUGCCGAAGUCGGAGAACGCUCCGCCGCUGUCAGCUUCGUCGGCAGCAUCGACGAUACCACAACUACCCACUGUCGGAAAGCUACGCUCCAGGCAGGCCAGCCUAACUUCGCUUAAUCAGCCUGGGACUCCGGCCAGCGAUCUGAUCUCAGACACCACCUCUAUUACUUCCGCCUCACUCUCGCGAGCCAACUCACCCCCUCCUGGAGGCAAAGUUGGCACCGCGCCAAUAAGGCAGAAGUCCAAAGCUCAGGCGAAGAAGGACAGACAAGAGCGUGCGAAGCAGAUUGCCGCAGAACGGUUCACAGCUAUGGAAGACUCGGUGAAGUCUUCUGAUCCGGAGCCCGUACAAGCUCCCAUCAUUGGACGCAAGAAAAAGGCGAAGAAGCCAGUCACUAGUAGCAAUGCUACUUCUGCUACUCCAGCUAUGAGCCAACCAGCUUCCCCCAAGCCCACAAAACACACGAAAGCGGAUGAUAGUCAUGAUCUCGCGGAAGCUCCAAGCUCCGCAACAGCUCCUUCAGCAGAAGCGAGAAAGUCUCCCGCGACGAGCCCCCCAGACGUUCAAAGUCCAGUUGAAGAGGCCUCCCACUCCAUGAAAGGCCGAGGAGAGCCAACUGCCGCUUCCAUUCUCGCCGACCUUCAACGCACUGGCGACCUUCUCGCUUCUACCCUGGAGUUCUUCAAGCCACUUUCGGCUUCACUUGCACACACUCGUAACGCCUCCCCCAUAACGUCGCCCAUCGACCCGAAUGCUCAUCCAUCGCCACCAGACCUCAAGAUCCACUUCUCGGAGGCCGACCUUGACGCACUCGCCAAGAAAAUGCCCGUCCGUCUAGGUGGCGAAGACGGGAAACCCAGCUCCCGCACUCUCAUUACCCCACAGGGCAAAUUCCUCUGGGGCCUAAGCAAAGAACUAGAAGAGCGUGUCCUAGAGCUCGAACAACGCGUCGAGGAAGUCAAAGGCAUCGCCCGCUGGCACGACACCAGGAAAGCCUCAAGACGGCAGAACGGCGACGGCCCCGACCGCAACGCCUACGGCGACAUCCACAACGGCGUGCUCCCAGCCAUCGCUACCGCGCUCAAAGAGGCCGGCGCGAAGUUGGGCAAGCAGUCACAGAGUGGGGCGUCGCCUGCCGCAAACGCGAAGCUGCCCCCGAAGCCAGCCAUGUCGUUCGACGAGGCGCUGGGGUAUCUGAAUCAGUGGGUUUUACCGCAUGACAGUCCUGCUGACCGACUUCGUAGUGAGCAAGACUCCGUCGGGGGGCCGGCGCCUAUGCCCCCGAGCCUGGCUGCGGCCGCAAAGAUCGUGGCGGCGGGCAGCGGCGAUGUGAAUACGAUUCCGAUCCCGGAUCUGGAGAACCUGGGCGUCUUUGCCGCGGAGGUGCUGGGCGGGUAUGUUGUGCAAGGGCUUGAGUCGCUGGUUGGGGCUGGCGCGAUGGGCGUCCCGAGUUAUGGCGCAAGUGCGUAUGGGAAGGUGGGCUCGGCGGGUCAUGCUGGUGCAGCGGGGCUGAGUCAGGGUGCGGUGUUGAGUGUUGAGGAGGCGGAGCAGGCGAUGUUGCAGAGUCGCAAGGAGGCGGAGCAGUUGGAGAAGAAGCUGAAUGCGCUGGUGAAGCGGAAUAAGCGGAUGCUUGCGGGGACUACGGGGGGCAAGUGA